CAGAAGAGCUGUCAGGAAGAAUGUAAGAGCCAAAGGAAUUUGGGGAAAAGAUGAGGUCAGCACAGGAAAGGAAGCAACUACCCCAGGCCGAGAGAUCUUUAUCAGCAGCCUGCACCAAGUGCUUUCUGGAGUCAGUGAUGGGUAAAUAUUGUGCCCAUCCUCCGCGGCUAACUCAGGAAGAGGAGAACUAUGUACAGUCUAGGAAAAUAAGAAAGAAAAGACUCACCCUUUCAUGUCAGCGUGAAUUUCACAUUGCUGGAAGAGACUUAUGAUUAAACCUGAGAAAGAAGGGCAAUGCUGUAUGGCAAUGCGAUAGUGCAGAAUCCAGAAUGGAUGUCCUCUUUGCAGCCAUCCUUAUUGUGCCCCUUAUCUUGGGACAAGAAUAUGACAACGAAGAAGGGCUGGAAGAGAGUGAAUAUUAUCAGGUGGCUUAUUAUUAUUACAAUACAAUCACCCCUAAUUAUGAUGACUCUAGUGUAAAUUUCACCAUUGAUUACGCCCUGUUUGAGGCAGAGGACAGGUUGGACAGGCUGGCUAAGGAGGUCACAACAGAAACAGUAGAAACGACCAUCAGUCUUCAGACAGAUCACGUGGACCGCCAGCAGCCUGUGACCAUGAAGCCAGUGACCAUGAAGCCAGUGACCACGAAGCCAGUGACCACGAAGCCAGUGACCAUGAAGCCAGUGACGAUGGAACCAAGCCCAGAGCUGAAUGAAGCUGUAUCCAGUCUGCAGAGUCCUGUUUCCUUCCUCCUGUCCUGGGCCCUCCUUCAGGGGUGUAUUUACCUCAUGUAGAAGGUGAGAGAGAAGACUGCUGUGACUCUUGGGAUAAAGAGGAACUUGGAAGAUAAAAUAAAUUCUUAAAAAGUGAAAUUGUUUAA